AUGACUUGUCUGGAUAAUCAACACGAAACCAAACAAUAUACAUAUUUAUCACGUCUGCUGUUAGUACUAUUAUUUAUUUUGCAUAUGUAUAAUUGGUAUUAUUCUCUAGGAAGCUCCUUUUAUUCAAGAACGAUGUGUACUGCAUCGGGUGUGAUAGCGAAUUCUAUAAGACAAAAAUUACAGACAGCUUUGCAAACAAAGCAUUUAGAAGUUCUAAAUGAAUCUUAUAUGCACAACGUUCCAAAAGGCGCUGAAACUCACUUUAAAGUAGUGGUUGUUUCCGAACAAUUUGAAGGACUUGCAUUGCUCAAGAGACACCGACUUGUAAAUGAUAUACUCAAAGAAGAACUUCAAAACGGCGUCCAUGCAUUAUCUAUUGUGGCUAAAACACCUGAACAAUGGGAUUCUAGCGAUAAGGUUGUAGAAAGUAGUCCUAAUUGUCGAGGAGGCUUCGGAAAAUAA